AUGAACAAUGGUAGUCCGACUCGAAAUGAACAGAUCAUGAUUCAAGAGGCUGACUCUAAGCUGGAUGAAUAUGGGUCGAAUUUAAUGAACCCAGAUAUUGGGACGCGAAAGCGCCCUUUGGAAGCGGUUGAGGGCGCUAUGGUGGACGCUCCGUCGCCAAAGAAACAAUUUGUUGAAGUUGCUGAAAAUCUGGAACAGGUGGAGGAAGCCAGCCCAAAAUGGCCCCAGUCCGAUAAAUGA